AUGUCCUGGAAAGUUCUUUCCAAGAAAUCUCUCUCUCUCUCUUUUCUCUCUCUCGUUCUUUUCUCUCUCGCUCUCUCUUUUCUCUUUCUCUCUCACUCCCGUUCUCUUUUCUCUCUCCUUCUAUCUUUCUUCUUCUUCUCUCUCUCUUUCUUCUUUCUCUCUGUAUUUCUUUUUCUUUCUCUGUCUUUUUCUUUCUCUCUCUCUUUCUUUGCCUUUCUCUCUCUUUCUUUUCCUUUCUCUCUUUCUUUUUUCUUUCUCUUCUUUUCUUUCCUUUUCUCUUCUUUUCUUUUCCUUUUCUCUUUCUUUUCUUUUUUUCUUUUUCUUCUCUCUUUCUUUUUUUUUUCCUCUUUCUCUUUCUUUUUUUCCUUUUUCUCUCUCUUUUCCUUUUUCUCUCUCUUUUCCUUUUUCUCUCUCUUUUCUUUUCUCUCUCUUUUCUUUUCUCUCUCUUUUCUCUUCUCUCUCUUUUCUCUUCUCUCUUAG